CAUCGGACCCACAACACCAUUCUCCUCUUUCACCAAUCAGAUUCAUCGAAACACGUAACCAAGCGAACUCUCUCAAUAUAUUAUAUAAAAUCAAAACACAAUCAAAAAUGGUAAAUUAGUUUGGUGCUGCAAACAACUCCUUACUCUCUGUUCCAUUCAAAGUCGUAGAGAGACGCAUCAAAUUCAAUAGUUAGUUUAGCUGUAGUGUUAUAGGAAGAAACAUAGAGAGAAAAAGAAAGAGAAAGAGCUAUGGCGAAUUUGAAGGCAAUACUUGUUGUGCUUUCAGUAAUGGCGACCUUGGCAUGGAUACCCAUUUCAGAGUGUGCCAAGAAACAAGUGGCUGUGGCUAGAAAGGAAGACAUUCCCUACAUCAAAUGCCAGGUUUGUGAGAAGCUCGCUGCCCAGCUCCACCGACAAGUUCAGAAGAAGCAAGCUGAGAUCUCUCCCAAGAAGAUCUCGGAGUACCAGAUAAUUGAGAUUGCUGAGAAUGUUUGUAAUUUGAAGAAGGCAGAAGCAGAUUGGAUUUUGCAGAUUGAUAUAGUUGAACAAGGUGAUAAAUUGAAGUUGGUUGAACAAAACACUGAAGGACAAUGCAACUCAAAAUGCAAGACGAUUGAAAGAACUUGUCAGGAGGUCAUGGGAUAUUCGGAUACUGAUGUUGCUGAGUAUCUAUACAAGUCCCACCCUAAGAUUGAUACAUUGGUUAAUUUUCUCUGCAAGGACCUCACUACAGCAUGUAGUACCAAACCUCCUCCGGUUCCUAAGAAUAGGACACCCGGAGAACCUUUUGUGGCCAAAUCAGAAAAAGAGGCUGAAAUGGAAAAGAUUAUGAAAUCUAUGCAGGGUAUGCCAGGAGCUCCAGGCAUGAAAAUGUAUUCAAAGGACGAUUUGUUGAAUAACAAUUUUGGCGAUGAAGAUGCUGACGAUGAUGACGACGAGGAUGACAACACACACUUCCCUUCAAAAUUGGGAAAAGUUUUGAGAGAAAAAGAAAGCUCAAAGGGUGAUUGGAAACAGAAGAUCACUAAAGAGAUCACUAAGACUAGUGAGACCUUAAAGAAACAUGCAAACAAGGUCUCAAACCACGUACGCCAGUGGUGGAGAAGAUUCAAAAAGCCUAGUCCAAAGAAAAGCUCCAAAGCUACGAAGCAAGAGCUGUAGAUACAACAUAACAAAUUAGCUGCUAGAGUAAAAAUUUAUAAGGAAAUCGAAGUGUUUUUGUGAAUUUUGAUUAGAAUUUUUCUCAUAGAAAACUAUUUACCUUUUUCUACUUGUAACAAUGCAACAAUGAAUCGGAAGCAAAAGUGAGCUAUUACAAUUGCUGACACUGAACCUGCACCUGGUGCAUCAAUUAGUUUUACUGAUAAAUGACAUUAUCAGUUAAACUAAAAUUGGUUAUUAAAGUAUAGUUUGGCAAUCUGAGA